GGACUCUUGGUUUGUCGGGCAGAGCGCGUGCGGGGAGGUGGAUCAGAUACAGCGCAGCUCCGCCGCAGCAAACAUCAGCCUCAACAGAGAAUAAACAUGAGCGGUCUCUGAGCCUCUCCGACCCGCCUGCUCGACCCCCGGCACGCUCGCUCGGCUCCGUUUCGUCCCUGUUUCGGUCCUCGGCUGUCCGGCAAACUGUCUAAUCUGGAGGAGGACGGGGAGGUUUUUAGCUAACAUGUAGACCCCUCGUGGCUGGUUCUGUGGUCGGUGGUAAGGCCUUUCGAUGGAGACGCGUUCAUUUGCGUUGGUCGACCUCUGCUUUGCAAAUGAUUUUCCUGUUCCAGCCUAGCGUGGCCAUGACGGGAGGCAUGGCGGCUCCCCUCCCGAUGAGCAACCACACGCGCGAGAGAGUCACGGUGGCCAAACUCACGCUGGAGCACUUCUACAGCACCCUGCUCACCCAGCACGAGGAGCGGGAGAUGAGGCAGAAGAAGCUGGAAAAGGUGAUGGACGAGGAGGGUUUACCCGAUGAAGAGAAGAGUAUGAGGCGCUCUCUGCACGCCCGCAAGGAGACCGAGUUCCUGCGGCUCAAGAGGACCCGGCUUGGUCUCGACGACUUCGAGUCCCUCAAAGUGAUCGGGAGAGGAGCUUUCGGAGAGGUUCGCCUGGUUCAGAAAAAGGACACGGGUCACAUUUACGCCAUGAAGAUCCUCAGGAAAGCAGACAUGUUGGAGAAAGAACAGGUGGCUCAUAUCCGGGCCGAGAGAGACAUCCUGGUGGAGGCUGAUGGCGCCUGGGUAGUGAAGAUGUUCUACAGCUUUCAAGAUAAACGCAAUCUGUACCUCAUCAUGGAGUUUCUGCCUGGAGGAGAUAUGAUGACUCUGCUGAUGAAGAAAGACACGCUGUCUGAAGAAGCUACGCAGUUCUAUAUAGCAGAGACGGUCCUGGCCAUAGACUCCAUUCACCAGCUGGGCUUCAUUCACCGAGACAUCAAGCCUGACAACUUGCUGCUCGAUUCACGGGGCCAUGUCAAACUGUCUGACUUUGGGCUCUGCACAGGCUUGAAGAAGGCCCAUCGGACUGAAUUUUACAGGAACCUCACGCACAACCCUCCCAGCGACUUCUCUUUCCAAAACAUGAAUUCAAAACGGAAAGCAGAAACAUGGAAGAAAAACCGAAGACAGCUGGCCUAUUCCACCGUCGGGACGCCAGACUACAUCGCCCCUGAGGUAUUCAUGCAAACGGGCUACAACAAGCUGUGCGACUGGUGGUCUCUCGGAGUGAUAAUGUACGAGAUGUUGAUAGGCUACCCGCCCUUCUGUUCCGAGACGCCGCAGGAAACCUACAGGAAGGUCAUGAACUGGCGAGAAACGCUAACUUUCCCUCCUGAGGUCCCCAUCUCGGAGAGAGCCAAGGACAUGAUCCUUAGGUAUUGCACAGAUGCGGAAAACAGGAUUGGGUCAGGAAGUGUGGACGAAAUCAAAUCUCACCAGUUCUUUGAGUCCGUGGACUGGGAGCACAUCAGAGAGAGGCCCGCUGCUAUUUCCAUUGACAUCAAGAGCAUCGAUGAUACGUCCAACUUUGAUGACUUUCCAGAGUCAGACAUUCUUCAGCCAGUGACAAAUGUAACCGAACCAGACUUCAAGUCCAAGGACUGGGUUUUCCUCAACUACACCUACAAGCGCUUCGAGGGACUGACGCAGCGCGGCACCAUCCCCACUUACAUGAAAGCGGGGAAGGCGUGAAACUGGCCCCCGAAGGUCUGGAGGGGAAGGAUUAGAUGACUCAAAUACAGAUUUCUGCAAAUGAAAAGCUUACGCACUGCCGCUUUGAGCUACACGGUAGACCUGUUCUCAGAGGAGUCCCUGCGGACGAUAAAAAAAUGAAAAUAAUUAUAUGGCCAUAGAUAUGGAGAGACUGUCUUGUCCUGCUGCUUAGCUGAAAGGAGACUGUUGUCCGAAUGCUCUUCAACACUGGAUCAAACAGGGUCGCAGAUUACAAGGAAGAAAAAAAUAAAUAAACAAAACGGAAGCAGAUGCAUCACUGAAGCCUUACGUUCAGAAAACGGGACGUUUUAACCUCGAACCUCUUGGUGACUAAACUGCAAUAAAGUUGAUUUCUCUCAUUUUUAAGCUCCAGGAAGCGGAGAACCUGUACAGACCCGAGUCCAACAUGUACACUGUUAGAUGCGCUGUAUGACGUAGUAGACUACCUGAAUAUUUCCCACAAGUGUGUUUUUGUGUUUCUGUGCAGUUGUUUUAAUGUACGGUUGCAUCCCACCUAGAAGAAACUUGAAGAAGAGAUGUUUCGGCUUCCGUUUUUGUCCUCGCCGGUGAGCGGCCAGCCCUCCUCCUGCUUCUCAUCCACGCGGCCGAUGCGGUUCGUCGUUUUUGUCCGACCACGGCCUACGCAACCGUUCGUGUAGUUCUGUUGUAACACAUGCGAGAUGUAGCUUCGGUCAGCGGUUUUAAAGGGAAGAUAAGUAGUGCUAAAAACGUCCCCCGCCUUCAUGCAAUAAUUGAGCUUUAGAGAUCGACAGGGUUUGAAAUAAUCAGCUGAACUGCAAGGUCGUAUUAGCAGCUAAAUUAACUUGACGUGAUCAAAGCUUUAACCAAAUAACUGCACGAUGGAGAACAAAACUUGGUAAGUGAAGUAGGAGACAUCCCAGGCCGUGACGUUAAACGUUUCUCCCAAGCUGUCUUAGUUGGGGAUGUUUAGUGACUGGACACCUGCUGUUGUGCAUGACUACAAGUACCGGCCAGAUGGGCUGAAAAACGAGAGCAAUUGAUGUAGCUUGUGUGUAAAAGAUUGGUGCUGGGGGGCGGGGUUAUUUAAUGUUCACUUUGUUAAAUGUUUACUUGGUGUAAAAAUGUAAAAGCAAGAAAUAAAUGUUAAAAGAAAACAUACACAGCUGUAAUUAGCCGAGCACGAACCCAAUUUCGACAAAUCAAUUGGACGUCAAGCACCCUCUCUAGUUUCUAUUGCGAUUUAACAAUAAAGUACCGAUCAGCA